AUGGGCCCAGUUCCUCCCCUCCUCUACCAACCCGGUGAUGAGAGGAGGCCAUUGCCAAAGGGCAAUGGCCUCCAUAGCCAAAAGAGAGCGCUCAGCAUGCUGGGCCAUCACCCAGUGCCAAAGCGCAUCGAGAAGCUCCACAAUUGGGAGCUCUCGAUCCAUGAACCUAUCCUCUUGGACAGUGAUGUGGGCGACAGUGGAGUGCUGGACGAUGCUGAGAGGGAGAUCCUAGUAGAUCUCUCCGGUUCUCAAGCUGCACUAAGUGAUGCGACGAUACAGACAACUACGACAAAGGUGAAUGACGUGCUAUUGCUUGCCUCUCAAAACAUGAGCAAGCUUGAGACAAAGGGUCUAUCUGGUUUGGGUAGUGUUCAAGAAACCAGUGCUAUCUCUGUGACCGAAGGAAUCCCAACGAACGAAGACAAGAUCGAUAAAUAUCAACCAAAAUCAAGAAGGGAUAGCAAUGAUUACAUUUCCGCAGAGAACGACCAUAUGGACACGAUUGAACUAAGCUCUGGGGUGAGGCGAAGCGAUGAUCGAGAUGGAAGCAUAGAAGCUACUGAUGGUGAAGACCAUGCCAAUGAUAGCUCCGGUUCUGAUAUAGAGCACCCACAGCGUUUAAAACGGCGGAGGGCAAAGAGCACGGAUAACUCUGCACAAACAAACUUCAGCAAUGUGAAAGACGUUACUUUUUUAACCGAUUCCUGGGAUGUCUUAAGCCAGGGAGGAGCAGCGGUCUCUUUCGAUCUCCCUCCAAAGAGUCAAUCUAUUAAUGGUGGAGAUCACGUUAAUGAUAGCGACACCGCUGGCUCUGAGAUACAGGAGCAGAGACUAAAACGGCCGAGGCGAGCAAAAAGCACAGAGAGCUCUGCACACAUGAGCUCCAGCAAUGAGGAGUUACCAUUUCCUCUCGACAUAGAGCAGGCACAAGAUGUCUUCAGCAGCGCCUCUUGUGGCGAUAGAGACAGGGAGCGGCCGCAUUUGCGAGAACGAGUUGUGAGCAGGCCUGGCAGGCAUUCGACAUAUUCAGAAGAUGACGACGAACUGUUGAUACAGCUGAAAGAGAAAGACAAAUUGCCAUGGGACGAAAUAGCAGAGUACUUCCUGGAAAGGACUAAAGCGACAUUGCAAGUGCACUACUGCACAAAGCUGAAGAACCGCUCACAGACGUCGAAGUACAAGAAACGCAAGAGAAUAUGCUCAUCAGGGUUUUCAAUGGACUUAGUUGAUCCACAGCUUCGAGGUGCUCUUCCUUCCACACCAUUCCUAGCAUCAACUGCCGACUCCACCAAGAGUGCUCAUGGGAACAAAGAUCAUACAGCAGUGCAGCCGCGUUGUAGCAGCCAAGGAGUGGAAAGCGAUACAUAUGAGAUCUGCGAGGUUGAAGCGUGGUUGCCAAGUCGACAGUACGUAAUGUGGUUUGGUACCUCGUGA